AUGGCGCCCGUCCCGGACGUUCAAUUAAUCGAGUUCAAAACCCUGGACGGCUUGAUGCUGCGUGGGUCAUACUAUGCCGCACUGCAGAGAGCACCAGCGGUGGUUAUGACACCCGGCUUCAAUUGGCCCCGCGAGUUCCUCGUGACCGACGUAGCUCUGCAGUUCCAACUGGCCGGCAUCAACGCCCUCGUGUUCGACCCGCGCUGCAUCGGGGCCAGCGACGGCCUCCCGCGCAACGACAACGACCCCUGGGCGCAGAUCGGCGACUACCACGACGCCGUGACCUGGAUCAAGGCGCAGCCGACCGUCGACCCGUCCGCCGUCGGCCUGUGGGGGUACAGCAUGUCGGGCAUCCUGGCCGUGUCCGCCGCGGCCGUCGACGUGCGCCGCGUCAAGUUCGCCAUCGCCAUGUGCCCGGCCUGCGUCUUCAGCAUGCCGUCGCUGCGCGGCGUCCUGGCCAAGGCCAUGCAGGACCGCGAGUCGCGCCUGCGCGGCAACGAGCCCUACUACGUCAGCACCCUCGACCGCCACGGCUUCACGCCCGGCGGGCUCAAGACCAACUGGGACACCGCCGACAUCCAGCGCCUCGAGAGGAUGAUCGAGGAGGGCAAGGCCAUGGGCGUCAGCAGCACCGCCACCAUACAGUCAUACGCCCGCGUGCCGUUCUUCGACCCGCGCGGUGCCUUUCAUCUGCUCGAGGGCAGGCCCGUCUUGGUCAUCUCGGGCGCCAAGGACUCCAUCUCACCGCUGCAUGUGCAGAAGGAGUGGCUACUGAGUCGGCUGCCGGAGCCAAAGGAGCACCAUGUGGAAUCUGCCGGGAGCCAUAUGGAUAUGCUGAGUGGUGAACUCUUUCCCAAGAUUAUGGAGUGUGUCGCCGACGUUGCUUACAAUCUCUUCUUCCACCCCUUACGCAAAAUCCCCGGUUCCAAACUCCACGCCGCCACACGCCUCUUCAAGGAUGUGCGACUUCUCCGAGGCACAUUUGCCGAGUCUGCAAAGAGGCUGCAUCUGAAGUAUGGCGAGGUUGUGCGGGUCGCUCCCAACGAGCUGUCGUACAUUGAUCAUGUGCUCCUGGUAUCCGGAGAGGGGGAGAUGAAAAAGGAAUUCUUCGGCGUCGCCAAAAAGGCGCAACCAAGCCAAGCACCAACCGGAGCCCAGGACGGCGGAUCCACGGUCGAAUCCCUGGCCAUCAUGUCGAAAAAGAACGACCACGACCGGUUCCGACGCCUGUUCCAACCGGCGUUCACUGGAGUCGCCCUCAAAGCGCAACAGCCGCUCAUCGCCAGCUGCGCCGACCUUGCCGUCGCCCGCCUGGCCGAGGCGCACGCGGCCGGCGACAGCGUCGACGUUACUGAGCUGACGACUUACUUCUCCGUCGACCUCAUGAGCGAGCUGGUCUUUGGACACUCGCUGGGUCUGCUCGAUGGCGACCUGCAGUACGUGGGCUGGGUUCGCGCCAUGCUGAGCGGCUUGAAGUGGGUGGUGUUGACGGCCGUACUGAUGCAGGUGCCCCUCCUCGGCUCAUUGCUGCAAGCGCUGGCCACGGGACCGAUGAAGGGCAUCGUCGGGGCGCACUAUCGCCUCGCCUCCGAGCUGGUCGAUCGCCGCCUGGAUCAGAAGCCUGAACAGACCAGUAAACCUGACAUCUGGAGCUUUGUGAUUGGGCGACAGCAGCAACAGCAGCAGCAGCAGCAGCAGCAAAACACGGAAAAGGAGGUCAAGGGCCUGACCCGCGACGAGAUGCACGUCGCCGCAAGCAUGCUAAUGAUAGUAGGGACCGAGACGACGUCCACCACCUUGUGCGGGCUGAUGUACUACCUGGGCCAAGAGGCCAACCGCCACGUGCACGACAUGCUGGCUCGCGAGGUCAGGUCGACCUUUCGAAGCAGUGAGGAAAUCCAGAACGACCCCGGACUACUGGCGCGGAUGCCCUACCUCAACGCAGUCCUGCAGGAGGGUUUGCGCAUGUACAUGCCGGGCGGCAUCACACCGCGCCUUGUGCCCAGCGCUGGGGCUACUAUUUGCGGCGAGUUCAUUCCCGGGGGUACUAGAGUUGCAUACCAUUCUCAGGCCGCUUUCAACAGCCCCAUCAACUUUACUCGGCCAGACAAGUUCCUACCCGAAAGAUGGCUCAACCCGGAUGACCCCGAGUUCGUCGCGGAUCGCAGAGAGGUUGUGCAGGCUUUCUCGGUCGGGACACGCUCUUGCACCGGGAAAAAUCUCGCCUGGGCCGAGCUUCGCAUGUUCGUCGCCAAAGUCAUUUGGCAUUUUGACGUGACCCUCUGUCCCGAGUCCGAAACCUGGACCACAGGACAAAAGACGUACAUAUCGUACCAGAAGACCCCCAUGAUGUGUAGGUUCAGCCCGGCCGCCGCAAGGGUGUUCAGCUCCGUUACUGCUCUUGACGUUGCCCUCGACAAACAUGAAAGUGCCCGCCACGACCUCGAGUCCAUUCUUUGCCAUGAACACGCCCGUGUCGAAGCCCAUGCGGUCGAUUAUGUGCUGCAUCUCGCCGCCAAACUGUCCCACGUUGCCCUCGUAGUGCGCCUUGAGCGUGUCCGGGUCCAGCACGGCGGGCGGGCCGGCCGUCUUGUGCUUGAACAAGAGGAACGUGUAGCGGCUGGGGCGGGACUCGCCGACCACGAGGUGCGCGGCCAGCGGUGCGGGCCCGACGUAGGGGGAGAUGGUGGUCGCCUCGUUGAUGACGACGUUGCCGUCCCUGGACACCUUCACCUUGGGCACCAGCCAGUGGCGCACUUGGCCAAAGGUGCGGUCGUUGUAGUGCGUCAGGUCGGGGUCCACCAUCAGGAGCACGUACUCUUGUGUUUCGGCAUCUUCCUCUGGCUGAUGGCAGGGUUUGGAGGGAGAGUUAGUAUGCUGGUGUUUUCAAGUGGUCACUAG